UAAACAAUAUUUGGUACUUUUGCAAUAGAUUGAACUUUGGUUAUGUUACUCUGUUGCUCAAAACAAAGUCUGCGAGCUUCAUUUUCAUCCGGAUAUAUUUUAGUUUCCCCUAUGCAGAAGGGCUCCCUCUUUCUCUCUCUUGCACCCAAAGUCUCUCAUGGCUCAUGUGUCACCUAUUCUCUUGCUAUUCCUUCUACUUUCUUUACAGGUGAUAGCUCAAGAAAACGAGACCAAUAUAAUAAAACCAGGUUCUUCACUCUAUCCCAGAAAACACCCCAGUUCAUGGGCCUCAUCUUCAGGGCAUUUUGAAUUUGGUUUCUAUCCGCAAGGCUCUGGGUUUUCGGUGGGAAUAUGGCUUGUUGGUCAGCCAGAAAACACCAUUGUCUGGACUGCGAAUCGAGGUGAUCCGCCUGUCUCCUCAAACGCUACUUUAGUGUUUACAGGACAAGGUGGUUUGCUUCUUCAGACUGAGAAUGGUAAAGAAAAUCUUAUUGUUGAUGUGGGAAAAUCUGUUGAUUCCGCUUCUAUGCUUGAGAGCGGAAAUUUUGUUUUCUUCCAGAAUAGGGCUGUUGUUUGGGAAAGCUUUGAUUUCCCAACUGACACAAUCUUAGGAGGCCAGAAUUUAUCCAGGAAUCAUAAUUUGACUUCCAGUGUGUCAAGAUCAAACCACUCAACUGGCCAAUAUUAUCUCAUAAUGCAGGAUGAUGGAAACCUUGUAGCCUAUGUACGUUCUGCUGCAGUUGAUACUAGAGACGCGUACUGGGCCACUAAUACUUUCGGCUCUUCUUUUUUGAGGUUAUAUCUCAAUGAAAGGGGCCUUCUACUCCUGUAUUCAUAUUCCGAAGAAAGCGUUUUGGCAACUAGCUCUCAAAUUGGGGACAAAACGGUGACUAUCUAUAGGGCAACUCUUGACCCUGACGGAAUUUUCAGAAUAUACUCACACCAAUUUGAAAGUAAUAUCAGUUCAAAUGGGACGAAGAAGUGGCAGAAUUUGGAUGAUCGAUGUGAUGUUAAGGGCAACUGUGGCUUCAAUAGCUACUGUUCCAGCAGGGAUAACGAUAUUGAGUGCUAUUGCUAUCCUGGUUUCGCUUUUAUCGACGAGAGCAGGAAAUUCCUGGGAUGUUCUCAGAAUUUCACUCUAGAUGGUUGCGAGGCAAGAAAAGACCUAGUGAUGCAUUACAAUUUGACUACUUUAGAAAAUAUGGAAUGGGAGGGUUGGGGCUAUUCUCUGAUGAAUAUGAAUGAGGAAGACUGUAAAAAAGCUUGCGAGGAGGAUUGUUAUUGUGGGGGAGCUCUCCAUUCCAACGGCUCCUGCAGCAAGUACAGUCUACCGCUCAUGUAUGGUAAAAGAAAAGGAGAUAUACCAACCACAGCCUUGAUCAAGCUGAUUCUGGGCAGCACCCCAAUCAUCCCAACUUCUCAAAGCAGUCCAAGUCCAACAGUCAUCGAUGAAGGAAACCAACGCCUGAUUUCAACUAUGGGAUUAAGUUUGGGUUCCGUCGCAUGCUUGUGUUUUGUAAUUGCAAUAUCUAGCGCCUUGAUAUACAGGCAUCGAGUGCAAAGUUAUAGAAAGCUUUUAGAAAAUAAAAAUUCAGGAUUAACCGAGCAGUUUACACUACGAUCAUUCUCUUUCAGUGAGCUAGAUAAAGCAACGGAUGGUUUCAAAGAUGAGUUAGGUAGAGGCUCAUUCGGAGUGGUUUACAAAGGAAUUUUGCCAGGGUAUAAGGGUAGUAAAACUGUUGCUGUUAAGAAAUUGGAAAAAGUUAAGGAAGGAGAAAGAGAGUUUCGAACUGAGAUGGCAGUCAUUGGAAGAACUAACCACCGGAACUUGGUUCGUUUGCUUGGUUUUUGCGUGGAAGGUUCAACGAAGCUUCUUGUUUAUGAAUACUUGCGCAAUGGCUCACUGGCAAAUUUUCUUUUCAACACCAAUGAACGCCCAAUUUGGAAAGAGAGAGCCAGAAUUGCAUUGGACGUGGCUAAAGGCAUCCUUUAUUUACAUGAAGAGUGUGAGGUCUGCAUCAUCCAUUGCAACAUCAAGCCCCAGAACAUACUCUUGGAUGAUUCUAUGACUGCGAAAAUUUCAGAUUUCGGAUUGGCAAAGCUAUUGAGGCCUAAUCAAACAAGCAUUUCUGGGAUCAUAGGGACAGCAGGGCACUUGGCACCUGAAUGGCAGAGGAAUGCCUCGCUAUCAGUAAAAGCUGAUGUAUACAGUUUUGGAGUCUUACUAUUGGAGAUAAUAUGUUGCAGGAGUAGCAUAGAAGUACAAGUUUCAAAUGCAGAUGAGAUACUUCUCUCAACUUGGGUAUACAAUUGCUUUGUUGCUGGAGAGUUGAAUAAGCUUGUGGAAGGUGAAGAAGUGGACUUGAAAAUGCUAGAAAGGUUUGUGAAGGUGGGACUUUGGUGCAUUCAAGAUGAUCCAACCUUGCGUCCUUUGGUGAAGAAUGUGACCUUGAUGCUGGAAGGAAAAAUGGAUGUACCAGUUCCUCCAUUUCCAUCACUUUCCCAUGUUGCUUAUUAGUGGUAUCUUUUACCCUGCUAAUUAUUCUACUCUCAUUUGUGCAUUCCUUCAGCGAUUCUAUGUGUAUUUUUUUUAUAUACCUCAAAAAUGUCUGUACCAAGCAUGUGUUGAUAUCUAUAAAAGUUUUAAUUAAUAUCAA